UCAAAUUUUAUCUUGAGUUCUAUUUAAGGAAAAUAUUCACAUUUAAAAAAUUAGAGAGAACUUAAAAAUUGCUUGAUUUCGUUUCGAAAUGAUCCAUUUUCUUUUUUCUUUCUAUUUACGAAGGCAGAAAAAAAAAAAUGGGACGUACUUUUGAAAAAAGUUCUAAUCUUUAUAAACCUUGUUUACCAUCGAAAUCUAGUAUAUACUGUAUCUUUGAUAAGAAGCAAAAUAAAGAUAUUACUAUAAAGAGAAUAUAUGAUGAUGAUAAUACUAACAUCGAUAAAGACGUUGAUAAAGAUAUUGUCUUUGUCAAGAAAGAAGAAACCGUCGAUAAUGCUAGUUCUAAUGAAAGUAAAGAUAUUGUUGAUGUCAAGAAAGAAAAACCGAUUUAUAUAUCAAGACCAAUGAUGCAACAGUUUUUCAUUAAAAAGUAUGUAUACGAAGAAAUAAAAUUAUCCUGUAAAGGUUCCCUCCAACAACGUAGAGAAACUCUCAUGAAACGUCGAAACAACCUUUUGAAACAAUCUCAAAAUCGUUCUCCUGAACAAAAAUCUCUUAAACGAAUGCAAAAAAAAAUUGUUUCUCAAUAUGAAGAUGGUAUUGUAAGACCAUUUGUUUGUGACGAACCAGGUUGUGGAAAGAGAUACGUCAAAUCACAAAGUUUAAUAAUUCACACAAGAUCACAUACUGGAGAAAAACCUUACGUGUGUACAGUUAAGAAUUGCGGAAAAAGGUAUAGCCGAUUGGAUUCUAUGAAAGAUCACGUUAAAACUCAUCAAGGAAAACCUUACAAGUGUAACUUUCCGGGGUGUAACAGUAGUUAUUAUUACUCAUCUCAUUAUCUUAGACACAAAAAGAGACAUGCUGGAGAAAAGAUUAAUGUUUAUAAAAAAAAGCCUGAAGUAAAAUUGAUUCACAAGUGUAUUGUUCCAAGGUGCGAAAAAAGAUAUGAAUUUGCUAAUAGUUUGGCAAGACACAUGUAUUCUCAUUCUAAAGAAAAAUUCAAGUGUGAUUUUCCAGGUUGUACAAGGCAAUAUACAUAUCCUGAAGAUAUUUCAAGGCAUAAAAAAACUCAUAAUGGUUUAUUUCCCUACAAAUGCGAUAAUCCCGGAUGUAAUAAAUCAUUUAAUAGAUCAUCUAACUUAGCAGAUCAUAGACAAACUCAUAAUAUUGAAAGACCUUUCGUUUGUGAUAUUGGUAACUGCGGAAGGAGAUUUAAAAGGGCAAAAUAUAUGAAAGUACAUCAGAUUAAUUUACACUAAUUAAGUAAUAAUUUGUUGAGUUGUAAUUAUUCUGUUAUAAGGGAGUUUAAAUUUUGUAUCAUUUUACAUCAUUCAUAAUAAAAGUCUAUUUUCGCGUUUUAUUGUUCAUAAUUCA